AUGCCUCUCAGCGUGCUGGGAUGGAUCCAGCGUUGGAACAUCCUCGAUGUCAAUGCCAACAAGAAGUACAAUACCGUAGCGCUGAUGCGCUGGAAGCAGAUUUUCAAGCUGGUGUUCUUAGCCAUCGCGAUGACCAGGCAUCCGGCGGUGGCCAUCAUCUUCCACAACGGGCGCCGCUACGGCCAGGAGGAGAUCCUCGAGAAGCAGGCCGAGGCACCAGCACCCAGACGGCUAUUACCACUGGGGGCUAUGGUCAAGGUGGAGUUGCAGGAGGAGAUGGAGAGCAACGGGCUGGAGUUCCAAGGCCUGGGCUGCAGAGAGAUGCGCGCGAUCCUCAGCGAGCAACGGAUCGAGAACGGCCAGAGCCGCAGAGGAGCUCGAGCUGCAGAUCCAGAACUCCGAGGACUCGCCAAGAAGUCACGAGCAGAGUUGGCCCAGCUGGCCAGGAAACGCAACGUGAAAGUUACCGACGACAUGCUCAAGGACAAAAUCGUGUGUUUGUUGCUGGGACAGACGCCGAAAGCAGUCAAGAAGGAGAAGACCAAGGACGAGGUACCGAGCUCAUCGAUCAGCGACAUGGCUAUGGCAGCAGAAGACAUCGGCGUAGAGGAGGACCAGACUUGGGAGAUGAUAGUUCCGAUGGGGGAAGAGCAGGAAGAAGUGGGGAGAAAGCGCAAGAUGAAGCCGGGACAGGUCGAGCCAUACAAGGACAUGAUCAAGAAGGCCGUCAGCUUCCUGACGUGGCAGACCACGUUCCUCGGGACCUCUCCGGCGAAGCCGCUCUUUUCGGGGGGCAAGGCUAUCGUGCAAGACCUCUGCGACGUGUUCAACGUCAAGACCGACCCGAGCUACGACUUGAUGCAGAUCUUCGCAGGUGAGGCCGUCAUCUCAGAGGAGUUCAGCCGAGCCGGACUCAAGGUGUGCGAGCCCAUUGACCAUAUCUACAACUACAACCUGCGGAGAGAUCGUCCCCUACUAGACUUCGUGGAGGAGAUCGGCAUGACGCAGCUGAACAGCAAGCGAGACAUCUUGUUCGAGAAUCCGUUGACAUCGGAGGUAUUCAAACAGUCCCAGACCAAGCGUUUAAGAGAGCAUCCCCGAGUGCAAGAGGUGAAGGUCGACAUGUGCCAGUUCAACCUACGACACCAGCAGUCUAACGGAAUGGUCAAGAAGCCGACGAAGCCCUUGGUCUCGAAUGACUCCUACGUCAAGCGGCUGAGCAGGCAAUGCGACGGACGUCACCAGCAUCACCAACUGGAAGGAGCUCACUACACACGCAAGGCAGGACGAUAUAACAGAGAGUUCGCAAAGGCAGUCUUGCAAGCAUACCAGCACAGCAACAUGACCUACAUGAUGGAGAACGGAGUCUACGCGAUUGGCGACUUGAUGGAUCUUAUGGGUGGCGAAUCGGACGAUUGGUUCUACUACGAGAACGUGGGUGACUUGACCGAGAUACCGGUCGAAUUGCCAGACGGACCUGACUGGAGCCGCGUAGGCAGAAGAAGGGUCGUAGACCUCGAGACCGACACGGUGGUGCAGGACUUCGAGAAGGCCGAUAUCACCACGGAUUUGAUCAAGCCGAAGUUGGAUCGCACGCCCUACAUCGUCAGCAUCGCCGACGACAGCGACCAGGGUGCUACCACCAACUCCAGCUUCGCAGCCAUCGCCGAGCACUGGGGGGAAUGGAAGAAGUUCGGUCCCGUGGAGGCGCUUUCACUGGAGGAAUCUCAACAAGCCCGAACCGAGAAUGACAGCAACCGCUUCCUGCCGUCUCGCUUCGUGUUCCGUGACAAGAAUGCCAAUAUCCGCGCGGAAGCCAACCCCGUGCCGGUGAAGGCCAAGGCUCGACUAUGUGCUGGAGGACAUCGUGAUCCAGAUCUACAGACAGGAGCUCUACGGACAGACGCUCCAACGGUGACGCGAACCAGUUCGCUACUGUCCUUUAUCAUGGCGGCGCGUUUCGACUGGAGCCCAGUGUGUGCCGACAUCAUGUCCGCGUUCAUGCAGGGAGAGGAGCAGCCCAGAGACAAGCCUCUUUUCAUGGAGCAGCCGCCUCAAGGUCUACCAGGACUUCAACCAGGACAAGUAUUACGUAUCGUCAAGGGUAUUUUUGGACUGGCGACCGCCCCACGACAGUGGUGGGCUACUCUCAAGAACGCGCUGCUGAAGGUUGAGCUCGUGAGCAAGGAUGGCCACAAGUUCCACUUAGUUCACGGCUUGGUGGAUCCAGCUUUAUUUGUGGGACAUGGUUCAGACGGAACUCUGCAAGCUAUUGUAUGUGUUCACGUGGAUGAUUUACUGAUCGCUUCCAGUACUCAAGCCAGCUAUGACAGAAUCAAGAAGUUGUUUCCGUUCGGAGGUUGGCAAGGGCUAGAUUUCACCUUUUGCGCGAAGGAUGUUGUCCAGCGUCCAGACGGAGCGAUUCGAAUGAGCCAGUCGGUAUUCGCCGAGAAGCUAGAACCUCUCGAGUUGACCAAGGAGCGCAAACGAGAUCUAGGAUGCCCUGCCACGGAGAUCGAGAUCGCCGAGAACCGCAGCAUGAUUGGCAGUUUGGGUUGGCUCGCUACGCAGACCCGACCAGACCUAGCUGCAGGAGUUUCGAUGGCUCAGAGAGUACAGAAGUCACCGACGGUGGCCGACGUGAUCGAGACGACUCGCAUCGUGCCCGAGGCCAAGCGCUACAACGAGACCGCCAUCACAAUUCCGAAGUUGCAGGACGAGCUCUGCAUUCUGGUGUUUCAUGACGCUGCGUGGGCCAACGUGGACGAACCAGACGACAAGGUAGCCGGUGCCGCCUGGUGGCGCCGACGUCGCAUGCGCACCGCCUACGCUUCGGAGGCCCCGAAGAGGCUCAAUGCUAAGAGCCAGGCCGCGCCGCGCCUCGGGAUGGCCGCCGCCGGAUCUCGGCACACCGUCCUGCUCCGGAGCGACGGCUCGGCCGUGGCCUGCGGCGGCAACGAGGACGGCCAGUGCGACCUUCCCGCGCUCACAGGGGCCUUGGCCUACACGCAGGUCGCCGCCGGAGAAUGGCACACCGUCCUGCUCCGGAGCGACGGCUCGGCCGUGGCCUGCGGCGGCAACGAUGACGGCCAGUGCGACCUUCCCGCGCUCACAGGGGCCUUGGCCUACACGCAGGUCCGACGGCUCGGCCGUGGCCUGCGGCCGCAACGAGGACGGCCAGUGCGACCUUCCCGCGCUCACAGGGGCCUUGGCCUACACGCAGGUCGCCGCCGGAGAAUGGCACACCGUCCUGCUCCGGAGCGACGGCUCGGCCGUGGCCUGCGGCCGCAACGAGGACGGCCAGUGCGACCUUCCCGCGCUCACAGGGGCCUUGGCCUACACGCAGGCCGCCGCCGGAGAAUGGCACACCGUCCUGCUCCGGAGCGACGGCUCGGCCGUGGCCUGCGGCCGCAACGAUAACGGCGGCCAGUGCGACCUUCCUGCGCUGGCCGAGGGCGUGACGUGCGUGGCGCCCUCGUCGCUGCCGACGCUGCUCCUCCAGGCCUCCUUCGACGGCGCCUCCGUGCGCUUCGUGAGCUUCGGCGGCGAGGAGCGCUGCCGGGUCCGGGCGGCGCCCGGCACGCUGCUCGCGGUCGUGCGCGACGGGCUGGCGGCCGAGCGCCGCGCGGGCGGGCUGGGCCGCGGGCUCGCGCGGGCCGACGCCGUCCUGCCCGACGGGCGGCUCCUGAGCGAGGCGCCGGCCGACGAGACCGUCGCGGGCGCCUUCGGGCGCGGCUGAGCGCCUGCCCUUCGCGCUCUGCCCGCUCCAGGGAGGGGGCGAGCCGAGCGGCUCCCGUCGCCAGGAGGGAGCUGCGGGUGAGGGAAGGGAUGGCCGCAUGGGCAGCCAGCCCCGGGGAGCCGCCUGUUUGGACUGCAG